AUGGCGAACACAUCUCACCUCAUCGAGCUCGCCAGCACCAUUCAGUCGCAGGUGACGGAGUUCCACAAACUCCUCGCUGCAUCUGGACAACCCGACCCUUCCCUCGAACUCAACGCCCCGUCUCCCGACUUUGCAGCUGCGGGCGUACAGGCGCAAGAUGUACGCAGCAAAUUGCUCGACCAGAUCGAUGAGCUCCACGACCUGCUCCUCACGCCCAUGGAGAUGCUGCUGGGCACCACGCCCACUGAUCUCGUGAGUCGUCACACGCUGGACCGCUUUCAGAUCUAUCAGAAAAUCCCCGUUGGCGAAACUCGAACGUACACACAACUCGCGGAAGCCACGGGCUUGCCGCUGACCGUUAUCCGUCGGCUCAUUCGACAUGCCAUGACCCAACGUAUCUUCACAGAGCCAACUCCUGGAAUAGUGGCACACACACCUGCCAGUAAACUUCUGACAGAGGAUGUGAGUGCGCGGGAUUACUGGGGCACAAUGUCCGAAAUCGUCUUUCCAGCUGCUUCGCAGACGGCAAACGCGCUCUCAAAAUGGCCGGAAGAGUCGGGGUUGCAAACAAAGGAGACUUCUGGCUUCUAUUUGGCCAAAGGCAAGACGGUCUAUCAGCUGUUGGAAGAUGAGCCGGAAACGCACAAGAGAUAUGAUUCGGCGAUGAGCGCCAAUCGAAAUAAUAUGCUGUUUUCUGUGGAUCACAUUGCGCGUGGGUUCGGCUGGCAGCCCUUCGGCAACGGUACUAUCGUAGACAUUGCUGGAGGCAUUGGCACUGUGUCUCGAUCACUUGCCAAGCACUUUCCAGACUUGAACUUCAUUGUGCAAGAUCGGCCUGAAGUGUUGGCUGUGGCACCGGCUAUCGAGGAUGAAUCCAGCAAGGCCAGAAUCACCUUCAUGGAGCACGAUAUGUUCACCCCUCAGCCGGUAAAGGAUGCUGAUGUAUACUUCUUCCGCCGAGUCUUCAUGGAGUGGGACGACGACAAGGCUGUCCAGAUCUUGAGAAACCUGACGCAUGGUAUGACUCCUGGUAAAUCCCGCGUCGUGAUUGCAGACUUCUACGUGCCUGAGCCGGGUGAAGCUCCGCUGUGGAUCGAGCGCAAGUUCCGCAACUCGGAUAUGUUGACUUUGGUGCUGUCGAAUGGUGGAUCGCGAGACAGGGAGGCAUGGAUCAAGUUGUUCGCAAAGGCUGGUUCAGGCUUUGUUGUCAAGAGCGUCAAGCCGCUGAAGAACUCGGACAUGAUGAUUACAGAGGCUCUGUGGCAAGGCGAGUAG